UCAUUCUGAUUGGCCAUUAAAUGAUUCGCCUAGUCACAUGACUAGGAAAAGACAAAAAUGGCCGCCGAGGCGCACAACACUAAUUUGACAGGUGAUCAGGAUUGUAUUCUAGAGCCACUUUGUUUCCCCGAGCACCUGAGUGCUAGCACCAGUCUGUCUUUCAACGACGGGCCUCCAGUGACCUGUGUGCUGUGUUCAGACUCUUUCCCCUCUUCUGAAAAAGACCAGCUUCUCAAGCACAUGGUUUUGGAUCAUAAACUGGUCAUCGCUGAUGUCAAACUCAUCGCAGAUUUCCCACGGUACAUGUUGUAUUGGAAGAAACGAUUUACAGAACAGCCCAUCACAGACUUUUGUAGUGUUAUAAAGACCAACUCUGAAGGUCCAGAAGAACAACAAGAGCACUACUUUCUUUUAUGCGAUGUACUGCCGGAGGACAGAAUCCUUAGGGAGCAGCUGCAACAGAGACGACUGGAGGAAGUUCUGGACAAGCAGCAAAAAGAGAGGGACGAUACAAGCUUUCACCGCACCUGUAUGUUCUGCAAUGAAGAAUUUACAGGAAACAGGUCUUUACUUCUCAACCACAUGGCUAAAGAACACUCAUUCAGCAUUGGUCUGCCGGAUAACAUCGUCUACUGCACAGAGUUCCUUGACACUCUUGAGUGGAAACUAGAGAAUAUGCAGUGUCUGUACUGUGAGAAAACAUUCAGGGACAAAACGACCUUGAAGGAUCACAUGAGAAAGAAGCAGCACCGGCGAAUCAACGCUAGAAACAAUGUCUAUGAUCGCUUCUACAUCAUCAAUUACCUGGAGUUGGGAAAGACCUGGGAGGAGGUACAGUCUGAAGAUGACAGAGAUUUGUUAGAAGAUGAGGAUGAUGAUUGGUCAGAUUGGCAAGCUCAUCCUGUGUGUGCCGUAUGUCUGUUUUGUGAACAGCAGGCAGAUACGAUGGAGAAAAUCUACACGCACAUGAAGGAAACUCAUGAAUUUGACCUGCACAAGUUAAAAACAGAUCUAAACCUAAAGUUUUACCAGCAAGUCAAACUGGUGAACUACAUCCGUCGUGAGCUACACCAGUGUCGCUGCUAUGGCUGUCAAGAGAAAUUAGGAAGCAAAGAGGAGCUGGUUCAACACCUUGUUACCACGGGUCAUAUGAUGCAGCUACCGGAGGUCUCCCACUGGGACCAACCACAAUACUACUUUCCGACAUACGAGAACGACGCUCUACUUACGGGUCUAUCGGACAGCGAGAGCGAAUCCGAGGGUCCAAAUCGCACCUCUGAAGUUCCUGUAAUAGCAGAAGAUAUCUCAAACCUCAAGCUUUUGAAACAGACCAGCGUCCUUAAUAAACUUUUGAAAGACAGAGGCAGCUCCAGCUGAAAACCAGUAAUGCCAAAAUAACCUGUUGCCACCUUCAGUGUUCAAAAAGAAAACGUCUGAUUUUUAUGACAUAUCAUGACAAAUAAACAUUAUUUAUUUACACGUC